CUGGCUCUAGGGCACCCAGACACACGCGCGGACAUGCAGGCAUCAACAAGCACAGCAACGCUCGACGCAUGGGACGAGACGGCAUAUCUGCCGCCUCACGGCGUUCCUCAGGUUAGUACAGCUGGCACUGCACUGCCUACUUCCAACUCCGGCCCAAGUAAGAGCAAGAAGAAACCGUCUGCUCGGGUCGUCCGCGAUGACUGGGACAACUCAGAUUCGGAGGAGGAAGAUAACGCGCAGGUCUGGGAGAAGGCAAACUCCACUGUGCCAAUGCCCGAACUCGUAAUCGCACCUUCGAGCACGAGCCAGGUCGUCUCGCCCCCGCCUGCAGCCCUGCAGGGCCCGAUGCGGAUCCUCAAGCGCCCCUCGCCUGCGACUUCGCAAAACAGCGCCAAACCCGCAGAUUCACCUCGGAAUACCUUUGCGCAGCGCGAAGCGCAGUACCAAGAGGCGCGCGAACGCAUAUUUGGGUCUAGCAGUAAAGCCAGUGAUAACGACUCAGGGAGCGGUAGCAACACCCCAGCAAAGGACUCAAGCGAGUCAAAAGGUGUGCCAGAGGACGUUCAACUGCCGGGUACGAGCGGCGAGCAGAUGCGGAGUCCCGUCAACGUUAUUCGUGCGCCGUUGGGACCAGAUAACAAGCCCUCGGCCAAUGGCCAGCAGCCGAAGGGCUUUGGAGAUCGAAGAGGGAAGAAGAAACCGCCCACCGCACAUCUGACAUGAGACGGUCGGUGUUAUUAGGAAACCUUGUCUCUCCCGGUCACAAGCGCUGUCUACCUGGUUUCUUGGGGUUGGGUUUGUGGUUGUAUCGACUAACGGUUGUAUUUCAUACCCUUCUUGGACUUAUAUGGUUGUCGUGACAGUGCUUCGCGCAGCUCGGCAAUCUAUGCUACGAUUCACAAUUUGAGAUUUGAUGAAAG